GCUCAGCAGAUGGCGCUGUGACGCACUCAAAUAGCGUGACGCGAGACGUCGAGGAAACUGAGAAGCUGUGUUUCGCAGAUGGUUGUUUGUGUUCUGAUUGAUAUUGAAGUCAUCUGAAGCUGAUCUUCAACCAGAAAGAUGGGUGAACGUAAAGGAGUAAACAAGUGGUAUCCUCCAGAUUUUGAUCCAGCCAAGCAUGGCUCUAUUAACGGCUACUAUAAAACUCACCCGCUGCGGGAGAGGGCCAGGAAACUUUCUCAGGGCAUCCUCAUCAUCCGAUUUGAGAUGCCCUAUAAUAUUUGGUGUGAUGGCUGUAAGAAUCACAUCGGCAUGGGGGUUCGAUACAAUGCUGAAAAGAAGAAAGUGGGAAAUUAUUACACAACUCCAAUAUACAGGUUCAGGAUGAAGUGUCAUCUGUGUGUGAACUACAUAGAGAUGCAGACAGACCCAGCCACCUGUGAUUAUGUCAUUGUGAGCGGAGCCCAGAGGAAAGAGGAAAGAUGGGACAUGGCUGAGAAUGAGCAGAUACUCACUACUGAGCGCAAUGAGAAAGAGAAGCUGGAGACGGACGCCAUGUAUAAAUUAGACCACGGAGGAAAGGAUAAAGAAAAGUUACGAGCCGCCAUCCCAUCACUCAAUGAGCUUCAGGAGCACCAGUCUGGAUGGAAAGAUGACUUUCAGCUCAACAGUGCCCUCCGCAGGAAGUUCAGGACUGAGAAGAAAGUGAUCGCAGAGGAGGAGGAGAAAGACAACGCAGUACGAUUGAGGACUGGUCUGUCCAUCCCUUUGGUACCUGAAAGAGAAGAAGAUAAAAAGUUAGCAUCACUACUGACCUUCCAGAGUCCCGACUCAUAUGAAGACAAAAAGCAGUGGAAAAGGCAAGAAAUAUCAUCUCGUUCCUGGUUCAAUAGUCCAUCAUCUGCAGCAGGUGGAGCCGCUGGAAGUCUUUUGCAAAAGUUAGGCCAGCAGGGUCGAGGCGCAGCAGUUGCUAAAGCACUGAGCUCUUCUACAUCCACUUUACCGAUACUGGUGCGUAGGAAAUCUGAAAGCAGCAAGUCGGAAACCAACAACACUAUGAGCACAAUUUUGCCAGUUGACACUCAUCCAGCAGCUAAGGACACAGACGCCACGGACUUACCAUCCAUUGUUAAUAACAUCAAUGUGAGCAUAAACACGGACAUUAACAGCUGCACUACAGAUGCUUGUAAAGCAAGCUCUUCAUCAGAGGAGGAAAACAGCAUUGACUCGUGUGCUACUGGAAAGUCUCUGGUUGCAGAUUACAGUGACUCUGACUCGGGCAGUGAGGUCUGAUGUAGACCGCAAGGUGAAAUUGUAGCAAAACUCUGAUUCCUACAUGUAUCAGUUCUUCCUAUGGUCCACAAUAAGUCAUUAUUUACUAAAAAAUAAAAUCUUCAAUGAUGAAAAAUGUCAAA